AUGAUAGCCGCUUUAAAUAAUGUACGGCAUGUUAAUGUGCUCUUUCUUUUUUUAUUUCAGACCACUUUACAACCAACUGUGAUUCAACCGAGGAUGGCACAACUGGAAACAUUAGAAGCUAAGAUGGCAAGCAUAGAGGUAUCCCUUUCAAGUACGCCGAGGCGUAAGAAGAACGGAAGCUUGAGCGGCGUCAGUUUGGGCUCGUCCAUCCGCUCGAUACCGAAAGAAUUCGCGUUAAAAGAGUUGGAAACCCUUCGCAACGCCCUUCGAGAUAAAGAAAACAUCAUUCAAAAUCUGAGGGGGCAGCUCGGCAUACCCGGAUUUUUCGGUUCCCUGAUCAAGACGAACGGUAUAACUAAUGGCAGCACUCGGGAACUUUGCGAUUUGGAAAGGAAGCAGGCCGAAGAUCGGCUUACCAAGCUAAGGGGAGAAACUGAUAAUAAAAGACUGGCAAUAAAAAACUUAAAAAUGGCACUCGAAAGACUAGAUAUCACUGAUAACAUCGACGUUCGAAUACAGCAAGCAGAGCUGGAAUACCAAUUAGGCAGAGAGGAGUUGAACUUACUUACGCUUUUAGAAGAAACUAAGGCGAUACAAAUUUGCCUAGAGGAAUCGGCGAAGAAUUCUUCUGAACUUGACACACUGUACAGCUGCGUUAAUAGUUGCGGUACUUCCAUUCUUUGUGCCGUUGAAAUUGUUUACGACCCCAAGAGUCCUCGUUUUGGUGCUGGAAGUAAAGAUUCCAAUUCGGGAUUGUGGAUUGAUUGGGCUUUAGACGACACCGGAUUGAAUAAAGGCGACAGGUUAAUCGAGGUUAACGGCAAGAUCGUUUUAAACAAAACUCGCGAGGAUUUAACGAGACUAUUGGCGGCCGCUCCAGAUCCAGCCCAAAUAGUGUUACUCCGAAAGAACGAGCCGUCGAAGAAAAACCACGCUCACAAGUCGCCAUCGUCCGACGAAGUUGCGACACUCAGAAGCGAAUUAGGGGUCGUGCGAGAACGCGCGGAGGAAACGCAAAAGGUGAAAGAUAACUUGGUUUCUGAUAACAUCCGCUUGACGCACAGGAUAUCCUACUUGGAGGAACAGGUCGCUGAACUGCUUUCCAGAAAAAAAUCGGAACAUAAUGAUGUCGUUGCAAAAAGCCCAGUGUUGACCUCCACCGUUAAAACUAGCCAUAAUGUAACUAAUAUAAACAUUAGCGCUCCACCACAAAAUAGGCCACCUAGCGCCAACAGCGAUUUGCAAAUUUUUCAAAAAGGUCCCCAGGUCACUGCCUUGGUUGCGAAUUUACCGGGCUUAGAAGCAACCCAGGAAUCGCAUACGUCCCUUCCGAUAAGGUCGAAAAGUAGCAUGUCGAAUGUUUCCAACACGCACAUUCCUGCCCCCAGCCCUCAGAAUGGAGAAAAUCACUCUUGCCAUAGAUCUCAUCGUCACCGCCAUCGGAGUCCGAAAAACAAAACCUCGCGCGAUGGAGGAGAUCCCUCUGUUUAUAAAACUCACUACCAUUACGGACAGGAGAAGGAGUACUAUGUAGAUUCUCGAGGUAAAGAGCAACAGAAAGUAAUCGAGUAUACUUCCAAAAGUUCUCUAAUGGACCAAAAUUACAAAAAGGCAUCUAUGAUUGUGCACGAUCUUACAAAAGCGAAAGAAAAUGGAUACGAUAGCGUAUACGAAAAGCACAAACAGAAAUGUAUCACCGCCUCAGAGAAGUACAACACGCACCUUCUGAAACAUUACAACGCGAGGAAAUCGGCGAGCGUCUUAGAUUUUCGGUCCCAAUCAAACUCAAAGUACAAAGAGUCUCGGAGCUCUGAACGUCUCGACAUUUCCGACAACGAUAAAACUCCUCUCAAACAUUUCAAUCAUCGAAAAAUCAUGGACUGUCGCAGUGUUAAAUCUCUCGAUUUUGACAGUGAUACCAACAUGCCGCGCAGAGAUAAAGUAAUCGACUAUACAUCCGAACCCAUCGAAUCCUUCGACAAACCUCAUCACCUGCACCCCACUUACCUAGAGAACAUAAAACCGAGACCGAUGCCACCCAAAAAGCCACUCAGACUCUCGCUGCACAAAACGCAAAGCUUGCAAUCCGUCGAGACGCCCGUCAAUACACCAAACGGAUCGCCCGACAACAACGCUUUGAGAAAACCGACAAAACGUAGCCAUAACGGUGACUCUCAGUAUGCGAAAAUCGACGGUGAGCACGGGCAAAAGGAGUAUAUCCACAAAUCCGCGUUGAACGGUUUAUCGGCGCUUAAGUGGUCUCACUUUAGCUCUUCGAAGUAUAUUGAAAAUGGAAAGUAAUUUCCUAUUCCUAUGUGAUCAUUGUUGUACAAAAUGGUUUUCCUCAGUUACUAUAUACUGCUAGUGUAUAAUAUAGUUUUAAUAAAGAUCUCUAUUAUUUUA